AUGGCCGGUGGCAACCACCCAAAAUCCUCUUCUCACAAGCCUUCUUCCUCCUCCGCCCCGACCGCCGUCGCUGCUGCUGCCGCUCCCUCCUCUUCCCAUCGUAAAUCACGCUGGGGUUCUGCCGCUACAACCACUACCAGCACCCCCAACAGCAACCCCAAUAAUAACCAGACACCGGCCGAUCAGAAACCGGGCGACUCAAAACUUUCAAAGGCGAACCCUUCACCAAAAACCGGCCCAACGCCCAGCCCGGCCCACCCCAAGACCUCAACUGAACCGGCUCCUCGUUCCUCCGCCCCUGCGCAAAUCCCGCCGUUUGCAUUCCCGGACCCCGCCGCGUUGGGCCCGCCGCCACCACCAGCAUAUGGCUUCCACAUGCUCGAGCGCCGAACAAUUGUUCUCGCCGACGGAAGCGUCCGAUCCUACUUUGCUCUGCCGCCUGAUUACCAGGACUUCGGUCUACCGCUGUCCCGGCCUGUUGAUCCAGCCGCAAAUCGGUUCCUGGGACCCGAUUUUGGUGGCGGCCCGCCGCGAUUGCCUCCUCCUGUGAGUCCGGAUGCGUUCCGCGAUAACCGGGAGUACUGGAAUGGACCUGAUGGGUCUGCGAAGAGGAAACUCCACGGCAGUGUGGAUGAAAAGGCUGGCAGAGACGAGAAGGAAGAACUAAUUAGGCAGAGGCAGCAUUUUAUGCAGUACGCAAACCCGAAUGGCUACCCGAUGGGUUCUGAUCGUCGUGGUGAGUUUUUGGCACGGACGAGCAGUCCAUCUAGGAGGGACUUGGUUGAUGAAAUGAGAGCAACCAAGUACAUGAGGAUCGGCGGAGGGCAUGACAGUGGAGGCACUGGGCUUAAGCAUCUUGAGGUGGACCAAAUUAAGUUGAAGAAGGCGUGUUUCCAUUUUGUUAAGGUGGUUUACGAGAAUCCAUCGCUGAGAAAGAAUUACUUGGAGGAUGGCAAGCAAGGUCGGCUUCAGUGUCUUGUUUGUGGCAGUGGAAUUGGUAAUCGGGCUGUUAUUCUUGCUUGA